AUGCAGGUGGCGCCACGUGUACCGUCGCUCCGUAGUUCCUCCUCCGUUCGACGCCCAAAGGAAAGGGCGACAACGCAAGAAAAACAUCGGCUACUCGACUGGACGCCACGGACUCCACGGACUCCCAGGACUCCCUGGAAUCGGUCCAGCAGAGAGGUGGACGAGGUCGAGGCUGCCCGGUACGAUGAUGAUGAGGAGGUUGACGAGGUACGGAAGAUGAAAAGGCGCAAGUGGAAGCGACGCACGAGCUCAGAGAGAGGAGCAGGAGGAGCGCGAAGGGCACGAAGAUCAGGGAGAGGCAAGGAGGAAGAUGAAGGAUGAGGAAGAGUCAGUGAGUGCAGCCGAGUGUCUAUAGCCGAGGUACUGAACCUCCUCGACGGCGAAUGGCGCGCGGUGCUGGAGU